CAAGGGGGUUCUGGAAGAAGGGUGUAUGUCAGAUGGGUUAAUAUUUACUGACGUCUUGGCUAUGAUCGUGUACUUUUCUUGAUUUUAGUAUAUUUCAUUCGGAAUAGAGGAUAGCCAUUCGGUAUACAUGCUAAUAUAAAGCUCGGUUGCCUUUGAAAAUGGUUGUAGUACGUCGAAGCGGUAGUAACGGAGCUAAGCCGGCCACUACGCCGAAGAGGAGGUCGUCCGAGUUGGAUAUGAGCUCCGAGUUUCUGUCGUUUCUUCCCGCGUCCCAGAGAAAGUCCGCCCGGCUGACCCGUUCCGCCCGGUAUCUGGAUGACAGUUUCAGCAGCCCCGAAAACAGGACAGCCAACGGUCAUCCUGAUGUAAAGGAGGGAGAGCGGGGCACUGGUCUGCAGAGGACCAGGGGACAGAAAGUUAAGCUGGAGGUCUCUUUCGCUAACAUGAAUGGCGAAACGCUAUCCCAUCAGACUGAAGACAGGACUGGGGGAUACUGUACAAGGAAAUCCCCCAGGCUUCAGGGAGAAGGGAAAGCAUCCAAUGAUGUUCCAGAUGAGAUUGAGAGCACAUCCACUCCCAAGAGAAGCCUUUUCAGUCUGCAGAGCCAACAGGUGGAGGAUGAGGAGGAGGAAGAGGAGGACCGUGCGGUGCGACGUAGCUCCCGAAUCACCAGAUACAAACUAGAUACUCGCAACCAGUCAGUUCUCUAUGAUCGACUUAUCACCAACACGGCUGAAGCUGUUCUUCAGAAGAUGGAUGACAUGCAGAAGAUGAGACGGCGGCUGAGGAGCAAAGACAGAGAUGCUAAAGAAGAGAAGUUGGGGAUGUACACCAAGGGUGGGAGACGAAGGUCUUUGAGGACUCAAAAUGCCCAGGACAAGGAGAACCAAGAGGGUGUGGAUGAUGAGGAGGAAGAAGAGGAAGAAAGAGAAGAUGAUGAGGAAGAGGAGGAGGAAGAUGAUGAAGAGGGGGAAGAUGAAGAGGAAGACAACCAAAGGCGCUACGAUUUUAGACAGAGGAAGACUGUGGUUCGCUACCAGGCCCCUCAGGAUGAACCCAGAGAACCCAGGAAGCGCAGCAUGUACUUCAAAGGCCACUCAUCGUCUUCCAGACGGAGGUUCAGGUUUAGCUCCACUGCUCCCAGGAGUCCCUACAACAGACGGAAAAACAGUCGAAGGAGACAUGCCAUCCACAGCAGUGACUCUACCUCUUCCUCCUCAGAUGAGGAUGAGGAGAAGUUUCAGCGACGGAGGAGUAAAAGCAGGAGCAGGUCUGUCAACAGAUGUCUGCCUACUAACAUGGUGAAAGAGGACCUCCUGGGAAUCCACAAGGAUAAGAUGAAGAUUGGAGCCAGUCUGGCUGAUGUUGACCCCAUGCACAUAGAUAAGACGGUGGGUUUUGACAACAUUGGAGGUCUGGGCAGACACAUUUCCGCACUGAAGGAGAUGGUGGUCUUCCCUCUCCUCUAUCCAGAAGUCUUUGAGAGGUUUAAGAUACAACCCCCCAGGGGCUGUCUGUUCUAUGGUCCUCCAGGUACAGGGAAAACCUUGGUGGCCAGAGCACUAGCAAACGAGUGCAGCCGAGGGGAGAAAAGGGUGUCAUUUUUCAUGAGGAAAGGGGCUGACUGUCUCAGUAAGUGGGUGGGAGAAUCCGAGAGGCAGCUACGACUGCUGUUUGACCAGGCAUAUCAGAUGCGUCCAUCUAUCAUAUUCUUUGAUGAAAUUGACGGUUUGGCACCAGUCAGGUCCAGCCGGCAAGAUCAGAUCCACAGUUCUAUUGUGUCAACCCUCCUGGCUCUCAUGGAUGGCUUAGACAGUAGAGGGGAGGUGGUGGUGAUCGGGGCUACUAACAGACUGGAUUCCAUCGAUCCAGCGCUCAGGAGGCCGGGACGCUUUGACAGAGAAUUCCUCUUUGGCCUGCCGGACAGAGAGGCAAGGAAGGAAAUUCUGAAGAUCCAUACCAGGCAGUGGACGCCUCAGCCAUCUGAUGCUUUUCUGGAGGAACUGGCAGACAAGUGUGUUGGUUACUGUGGAGCAGACAUCAAGGCAGUGUGUUCUGAGGCUGCUCUCUGCGCCCUGCGACGUCGCUACCCACAGAUCUACUCCUCUUCGCAGAAACUAGUCCUUGAUGUCAACUCCAUCACCAUCAGCAACACAGACUUCAUGUCUGCCAUGGCCAAGAUGGUGCCAGCUGCCCAGAGGGCAGUUGUAUCUUCUGCUGUGGCGCUGAUACCAGCCAUUCGUCCUCUGCUCAGUGCAGCGCUACAGAUCCUCUUAGAUACACUAAGCAGAUUGUUUCCCCAUGCUGAGCAGGGUUUAAAGAGGAAGAGAGAGGAAGAUGAACCAUGUGGUUUUUUUGAUGAUGAUCUGAUGUUCAGUGAAGAUGAGGAUCCAGCACUCUGCUCCAGUGGCCUCCCCUCUCACUUUCAGCCUCAACCCAAAACACCUGUUACCAAAGGACUCCUCAGUUUGAACAGGAGCGUGUUGAGUCAGCCGACCUCCUACCGCCCCAGGCUGCUGUUGGAGGGCAGACCGGGCUCUGGUCACAGUUCCCACCUUGCCCCAGCUCUGCUCCAUGCCCUGGAGAAAUUCACUGUGUACACCUUAGACAUGGCCAUGCUGUUCGGAGCCAGUGCCACAGCACCAGAAGAGACCUGUGCUCAGGUCUUUGUUGAAGCCAAGCGGAACUCCCCCAGCAUUCUGUACAUCCCCCACAUUGGACAGUGGUGGGAGACACUAGGUCCUGCCUUGAGAGCCACCUUCCUCAGCCUGCUACAUUCCAUCCCUGCCUUCUCACCCAUACUACUACUGGCUACCUGCAACUUGCCUUAUGACCAACUCAGCAUGGAGGUACAAGGGCUGUUUCGUAUGGAGUAUGGGGAGGUCUUCCAUGUCCAGGUCCCCACAAGCAAAGAAAGAAGAGACUUCUUUGAAGACCUGAUCCUCAACCAAGCUGCCAAAGCCCCUGCCUCUAAGAAGAAAGCUGUGCUCCAGGCUUUGGAGGUUCUGCCUGUGGCCCCUCCAGCACCCCCACAUCAACUGACUGAAAAAGAGACCCAGCGAUUGGAGGAACAGGAGGAAGCGACACUCAGGGAGCUCCGUCUCUUCCUGCGUGAUGUCACCAACCGCCUGUCUCAGGACAAACGCUUCAAGGCCUUCACCAAGCCUGUGGAUUUAGAUGAGGUCCCAGACUAUGCUGAGGUGAUCAAGCAACCUAUGGACCUAUCUACUGUACUCUCCAAAAUAGACCUCCAUAAAUAUGGGACAGUUAAUGAGUUCCUCCAUGAUGUGGAUCUCAUCUGGCAGAAUGCCCUGGAGUACAACCCCGACAGGGACCCCUCAGACCGUCAGAUCCGCCACAGGGCAUGUGCUCUGAAGGACACAGUCCACGCCAUCAUCAGUGAUGAAUAUGAUGAGGACUUUGAAAAGAUCUGCGAGGAAAUCAAGGAAUCACGCAGCAGAAGAGGCUGCUCCACCCUGCAGUUUGCUCCUUCUUUCUACCAUGUCCUUCCCAAGCAGCCGAAGGCUGCUACCGAGGCUAAGACAAGUGACGUGGCUCCAGCCAAAGAGCCUGCUGGAACCAUGACUGCAGCUCCUCCUCCCUCCAUGUCUGCUACUACCAUCACCACACCUAAGCACACAGCCCAGAAGAAGAAACGGAGGAGGGCUCGCUGGUGUAAUGGCUUCAUUGUCAAGAAGAAGUCCUCUUCGUCUCCUCACGUGUCAAAAGAUGAUUCACACAUAGCUGAGUCUGAUGAGGAGGAGGAUGAUGAGGAUGACGAGGAUGGUGAGAAAGGGGUAGGUGGAGCAGAGAGUGAGGAGAGGGCAGGUAGAGAGGAAGACCACAUAGGGCACGUGGCAUCUCAGGAAGUCACACUAGGGUCCACUCUGAAGGAAGCGGGUGGUGCGGCGGAACCCAUGGAAGAGGGAGGUGAAGAGAGAAGACCAGACAUGGAAAAGGAGAUUGAACAAUAUAAAAAGGGGAGACCUGUAAAAAGCCACCAGGCACAGACUGACACACAACGGGGAGACAAGACCAGCUCAAAAUCACCAGAAGAGUCAGACAAAAACACUAAACCUUCAACUGAGGGAGGGCAACUGGACAGCAUAACCACACAAGAGGAAGCUACUGAAAACAGCCACAUUGACGCUGAAAGUGAUGUUCAGGAACAUGCAGUGGUGGUGAACGGUGAAAAUAACAGCAAAAAACUGUCAGCUGCCAGCAUUGAAAACCUUGCCAAACAUUCUCAAAAUGCAGUGCUCCGAGUAGAACAUAGGGUUCAGGAGAGUCAAAUUGUAACUCUCAGAGAGGGCAGAAAUGAGAAGGUAGCUACAGUAGAAAGCCCAGAGCAGUGCAGCCAAGAUGAUCCCAUGGAGGUGGAGGGGAAAGGGAGCAGCAGCCAACACCAAGCUGACAGUGGGGUACCUGAGCAGGCCUCCACCACAGUGCCCCCAGGAGACGACAAAGUGGAGGAGGAUUCCACUGCAGAGCGGGGCAUAAGGCGCGUGACGCGGGCCCUGAAAAAUGCUGUGCUGCAGCAACAGAUGAUGGACGUAGACAAAGCUCUGGAGAUCUUGGACCAGAAAACUCCUCCACUGGUGGUGGACAGAGACAAGCUAAAGGAGCUGUUGGAGAGAGUAGUGUCCAAGACCGAUGGCUAUGAGAUCCAUCAGCUUGAGAAACUCUAUGCCCUGCUGUGCCAGAGUAUCUACAGACACAGAAGAGAUUACAACAAGACAGCAUUAAUACAGGAGAUGGAACGAGAGAUCAAAGACUUCCAUUAAAGUGUUUUCUGCUGGAAUGGCCUGACCAGAAAACAUCCUCUCUGAUGUGUAAAAUGUACAAACACUGCUUCUAUUUUCAUAGAAAUAUACAGAUUUGGCUCUGUGUAUUUCCUAAACACUUUG